GUUUUGGGGCCAGUUUAUGGCCAGAUUUUGGGGGGCCUGCUCCCAACACUCCUCUCCUCCUUCAAUUGCAGUUGACAGGCUGAUGAAAAAAGAGCAGAGCCAGGCUUAAUGUAGAUAAGGCACUUCUGCCAACGGAAAGCUAAAAUGAUGUCUAGUGAUUCAGUAGAAAAAAGUGGUAAGAGAAUGAGUUGUCAUUGUGGCACACAGUUAAGCAUAUUGAACCCCAAUAUAACUGUAACUCUACACUGGAUUCACAUUGGAACUGACUGCAGUCUUAAGAAGACAUUGUCCUUAUUGUCCAUCAAUGAGCACUGUUAAUCAAAAUUUGGGGAUGGGAGUUAGUUUUAGUUGCGUUUAGUUAUAAAUGUGCUUUGAUUUUAUAGUUGUAAAGGAGCUAGAUGCAUAUGGCAUACAGACUUUAAGGUGACCCCUAAGAUUCUUGCCUCCUGGAAUUGACGCCUUUGUCUCAUUGUCUCACCUGGAGUUGGAUGUGGCCUGUGACUCGCUUCCCGCUUCUAACUGCUCUUGCCAGCUGACUCCCUCUGGGGCCAUUCUUCCUGGCUAGCUUUGAGGAAGAGGCCCCUGUGGCAGGGAGCUGAAGGUGGCCUCCUGCCUACAUCCAGCAAGAAGCUGGGGACCUUAGUCCUACAUCUGCAAGGAAAUCAGUUCUUCUGCCCACACCCCGAGUGGGCAGCUUGAAUGAAGACCCUUCCCUGGCGGAGUCCCCGCUGUGUAGUACCCUCAUGGCAGCCUUGCAGGGACCGAGCUAAACUGUGCGUGGACCCGGACCCCUGACCCACAGAAGCUGGGAGAGGAUAAAUGUGUGUUGGAAGCCACUAAGUUUGUGUACUUCAUUAUGCGGCAAUACGAAACAUUUCAGGACUUAACACAAGUUGUUACUGGUACUUAUUUAAUGUUAUAAAAAUCCGAGCCAAGUCAGAUCACUUUAGGAUGGGAACAUCUGAAUCAUAGCCUUGGUGAGCUUCUAAUCCACUGUUCCCUUUUUCUUCCCAUCAGGCAAAGCCAAAAAGGGCUCCUGAGGUUCCUUUUUGUAGCACUGACAGGUUUCCUUGGUCAUAGUGGAAGAGAGGGGCACCCCACAUCAUUUGGGCCAGUGUUCUUUUAUAGAAGGACACAUGGAGGACAGGGGCUGGCCCCUUGGGCUUGUCUUCCAAGGAGGUAGCAUCUUUAGACAUUUAUAAUCUAUCCUUUAUACAGCUGCUUGUGGCCCCCUCCCUUGUCAAUAUUCAGUUCGCCGUUGGGAUUUCCUUGUGUGAGUUUCCAGCACCCUAGGGCCAUGUUUGCCCUAGGAUUCUCCUCAUCAUUUCCCCCCACGCCCAGUCACUGCUGCCACUUAGCCUUUGCAUCUCCGGGCUGAGGAAUUCCUGCAUUUUUGAUCUGUCCUGCUCCUGCUGGCCUGUUUUGUCUAGCUACUGCCCUUCAAAACCAUAUCCAGUUUCACUCAUAAAAAGCAGGGGGAAAUGGUCAAACCAAACCCUCCAGCCUCCCCUGUGCAGUCCUGGCUCCUGUUUGAUUGUUGGUUCUCUGAAGAAAGGUGCUCUGAGGAGGAAGAGGGCUGCCUGUGCCCCCAGCACCCCCCAUUCAUGGAGGCUGGCCUCCUGGUGUGUUGUUUGAUUGGGUGUCCUUUUGUACCCCUGAGGUGCUGCUAGUACCUGCAGUGCUGACAGUCCCUGUGGCCAUGGGUGUGUGUCAUACCUUAGUCAUCAGCACUUAACUGCUCUGAGCUGCAAACGUUGGGCCUCAGAGCUCAGUGUUGAUGUGACCACCAUCUCACUUCUGCCAAAAAUAGAUGGGGAGGAACAUAUUUCUGUUAAGUUCUUGAGGGUUACAGCUGGAUUAAGUUAGAGCUCCUGAAAACAGCACACACUGGCUUAUACUAGUGGUUUAGAUUCUCUAAGAAAUGUGUAUUGAUAUAAAGUUAUUGGACUAUUGAUUUUUUAUAGAGUGAAAAUAUUAAAUUGUUGUUUGAAGAACAUCAUAGAUCUUGUAAAAGCAAAGUUGAAGACCAGAUUCAAAGUUACUUUACAUUCUUCUUGAAAUUCCUUCUAGAAUGUUGUGCUAGGAAAAGUACCUCUUCUGUUGAGUUUAUGUACUUUCUUUUAAUGGACAAAACCCAUCUUAUUUACCUUUUUACCUUUGCCACUAGGAAACUUAGAGCCAAACGAAUACAACUCAGUUGCAGUAAAUCUUGAGUUCUAAGCUUCUGACUCUGUUUGCUUUUAAAGUGUCUUAUUUGCUGUGUGCUUAGUGUUGCCUAAAUAAAUACCUACCAUUAGGGGAGGAAUUGCUUUGUAACUUUGCACAUUAGCUCUGUGGUUUGCGUUGACCUCGAUUUUAAGCAGAAACAGCUGUGAGUAUGUUAUAGUAAUUAUUAGGUGAGUUGUUUUAACUGGUGCAGACAAGAGCUUGUUGACCUGUGCUCUGGGUGAGAACUCUGAUUUCUGCUUCUACUCGAAAGGGUCAAAUCCCAUGAUGUAGUUUUGACUUAGGAGAAUGUAGUUCUGGCCUGGAGUGAAUCUUUGUGGGACUGAUGCAGACCAAGACUCGUGUUAACACGGAGCUCUGCAGCAGCUGGCCGCUUGUUUGUCUUCUGAGCCUGUUUCAUUUGCCUUCUCUGGUCUGCUUGAGCAGAGGAGAGAGGAAGAAAAGCUGUUGGCAGAUGUUUUUAGCAAGACCCUUAAGUGUAAGGGAGGAAGCUAAUUUUAGUCCUGUUUUUAAUAUUAUGGUAGUUUGGUUGCGUCUUUCCUCUUAGGGUAGAGCAUUUUAGCUUUUGUUUUUGCUUUUGCAUUUCCUGUGUGUAUGUCCUGAAGCAAAAUGGACUGCUAAAAAUGUCACUUGGUGUUUGUUAUUUUGUGCCUAGAAUAACAUUCAAGACCCGUGAGCACUGUGAGUCACUAAAAUAGUUUUAGGGAAAGGAAUGUUGUCUGUGUUACUCUUUUCUAUAUUUCCUUCUAGAAAUUUUCCAGUUGAUUUCCUGUGCUUAUGUUAAUUGGACAUCCAUAAUCUCUUUCUUUCAUCAACAGCAGUACAGUAACAUUGUGUUUGUUAGCACGUUGCUUCUCUGCUUGCAUGCAGAGCUCUUUAAUUUUAAAAGUACAGUAAGUUUUGGAAGAAUAUCAUGGCUAAAGAGGCAAGUUGCUGGAAAAUACAGUUGUGCUGCUUACUCAGUAAACAACCAGCCAACAGGCUGCGUGCAUGCACGUUCAUUGUGAUGAGAACUUAAACACAAAGCAGACGUGUGUGUUCCCCUGGUGUCCCCAGUUCCUAGCACAUAGUAGAAACUUUGUAAAUAUUUGUUGGGGAAUGAAGUCAGUAGCGCUACAAGUAGGAGGCCGUAAGGAAGGAUGGUUUCUAAAACAAUAAAAAGGGACAUCAGCUAGGCCAGUGGUCUUCCAACUUAGUGUGUGUCAGAAUCACCUGGAGAGCUUGUUAAAACAGAUUGCUGGGCCUACCCCCAGUGUCUGCUUCUGUAGGUGUGGCGUGGGCCCAAGAAUUUGCAUUUCUAAGAAGUCUCUUGGUGAGGCUGCCGUCAUUGUUGGUUCAGGACCACACUUUGAGAACCGCUGACUAGGCUAAUGCCUGUGGAUGAGAAAAGAGGCUUAGAGAAAUUGUGUUUUGCCUAAUUGACAAAACCAAUUAGUGGCUGAACCAACACAGAAGGCCAGGUUUGUCCUCUCACUUCCUAACUUGAGGACAGAGAAAUAUAUUCUGAUAUCCCUAACUGGCAGUCUGCCAUGGUAGUGACCACAUGUCCUUUUCUUUCUCGGGAUUUCAUCCCAGCCUGACAACCUUGGGACAGAACAAGAGGACAGGAGGUGUCGUUCCAGACUCUCAGCGUUCUCAUCUCUCUUCCUUCACCAUGAAGCUGAUGGACAAAUUCCACUCACCCAAAAUCAAGAGAACGCCAUCAAAGAAGGGAAAACCAGCUGAGGUGUCCGUAAAGAUUCCAGAGAAGCCUGUGAACAAAGAGGCAACAGACAGAUUUCUACCAGAGGGCUACCCUCUCCCCUUGGAUCUGGAGCAGCAGGCAGUAGAAUUUAUGUCCACCAGUGCUGUGGCUUCCAGGUCUCAAAGGCAGAAGAACCUGAGCUGGCUGGAGGAGAAAGAGAAGGAAGUUGUCAGUGCCCUGCGCUACUUUAAGACCAUUGUGGACAAAAUGGCAAUUGAUAAGAAGGUACUGGAGAUGCUUCCAGGGUCAGCCAGCAAGGUGCUGGAGGCCAUCUUACCCCUGGUGCAGAACGACCCUCGAAUUCAGCACAGCUCAGCCCUCUCUUCCUGCUAUAGCCGAGUGUACCAAAGUCUCGCCAACCUCAUUCGCUGGUCUGACCAAGUGAUGCUGGAAGGUGUGAACUCAGAAGACAAGGAGAUGGUGACGACUGUGAAGGGGGUCAUCAAGGCUGUGCUGGAUGGAGUGAAGGAGCUGGUCAGGCUCACCAUCGAGAAGCAGGGACGUCCGUCUCCGACGAGCCCCGUGAAGCCCAGUUCCCCUGCCGGCAAGCCUGAUGGCCCAGCAGAGCUCCCCCUGACAGACCGCGAGGUAGAGAUCCUAAACAAGACGACUGGGAUGUCACAGUCAACUGAGCUCCUCCCAGAUGCCACGGAUGAAGAGGUUGCGCCCCCCAAGCCUCCUCUGCCUGGCAUUCGGGUGGUUGAUAAUAGUCCUCCACCAGCAUUGCCACCCAAGAAAAGACAGUCGGCGCCAUCCCCUACCCGAGUGGCUGUGGUGGCCCCCAUGAGCCGAGCCACCAGUGGCUCCAGUUUGCCUGUUGGAAUCAAUAGGCAGGAUUUUGACGUUGACUGUUAUGCACAGAGGCGACUGUCAGGAGGCAGCCACUCGUAUGGUGGAGAGUCGCCCCGCCUCUCCCCCUGCAGCAGCAUAGGCAAGCUCAGCAAGUCAGAUGAGCAGCUGUCCUCUCUGGACAGGGACAGUGGGCAGUGCUCCCGGAACACAAGCUGUGAAACACUAGACCACUAUGAUCCCGACUAUGAAUUCCUCCAGCAAGACCUCUCUAACGCAGACCAGAUACCUCAGCAGACGGCCUGGAACCUUAGCCCGUUGCCAGAGUCUUUGGGGGAGUCUGGGUCUCCAUUUCUUGGCCCUCCUUUCCAGCUGCCUCUUGGCGGCCAUCCCCAGCCAGACGGACCUCUGGCCCCAGGGCAGCAGACAGAUACGCCGCCUGCUCUCCCCGAGAAGAAGCGCAGGAGCGCAGCCUCCCAGACGGCGGACAGCUCUGGCUGCAGGGUGUCCUACGAGCGGCAUCCCUCGCAGUAUGACAACAUCUCUGGGGAGGACCUACAGAGCACAGCCCCGAUCCCAUCCGUCCCCUACGCGCCCUUUGCUGCUAUUCUGCCCUUUCAGCAUGGAGGUUCCUCAGCCCCUGUCGAAUUUGUGGGUGAUUUUACUGCUCCUGAAUCAACGAGUGACCCAGAAAAACCACCUCCUCUACCAGAGAAGAAAAACAAACACAUGCUGGCCUACAUGCAGUUGCUGGAGGACUACUCGGAGCCGCAGCCCUCUAUGUUCUACCAGACGCCUCAGAACGAGCACAUCUACCAGCAGAAGAACAAACUCCUCAUGGAGGUAUACGGCUUCAGCGACUCCUUCAGUGGGGUGGACUCUGUGCAGGAGCUGGCCCCGCCACCCGCCCUACCCCCCAAGCAGCGGCAGCUGGAACCACCGGCUGGGAAAGACGGACAUCCCAGAGAUCCCUCAGCAGUCAGCGGCGUCCCUGGGAAGGACAGCAGAGACGGCAGUGAGAGGGCCCCAAAGUCACCAGAUGCUCUGGAGUCGGCUCAGUCGGAGGAGGAAGUGGACGAGCUGUCCCUCAUCGACCACAACGAAAUUAUGUCCAGGCUGACGCUCAAGCAGGAGGGCGACGACGGGCCGGACGUCCGCGGAGGAUCUGGGGACAUCUUAUUGGUCCAUGCCACUGAGACUGACAGGAAAGAUUUGGUGUUGUACUGCGAGGCGUUCCUGACCACCUACAGGACCUUCAUCUCCCCAGAGGAGCUCAUCAAGAAGCUGCAGUACAGAUACGAGAAAUUCUCUCCCUUUGCCGACACAUUCAAGAAGCGCGUCAGCAAGAACACGUUCUUCGUGCUGGUACGGGUGGUGGAUGAGCUCUGCCUGGUGGAGUUGACAGAAGAGAUCCUGAAGCUGCUGAUGGAACUGGUCUUCCGCCUGGUGUGCAACGGGGAGCUGAGCCUGGCCCGUGUGCUCCGGAAGAACAUCUUGGACAAGGUGGACCAGAAGAAGCUACUCAGGUGUGCCACCUCCGGCCAGCCCCUGGCGGCCCGGGGGGUAGCAGCCAGGCCGGGGACCUUGCACGACUUUCACAGCCAUGAGAUAGCGGAGCAGCUGACGCUGCUGGAUGCUGAGCUCUUCUAUAAAAUAGAGAUUCCUGAGGUUUUGCUUUGGGCAAAAGAGCAGAAUGAGGAGAAGAGCCCCAACUUGACCCAGUUCACGGAGCACUUCAACAACAUGUCCUACUGGGUCCGGUCCAUAAUCAUGUUACAAGAAAAGGCCCAGGACAGGGAACGGCUGCUCUUGAAGUUCAUCAAAAUCAUGAAGCACUUGCGGAAGCUGAAUAACUUCAACUCCUACUUGGCCAUCCUCUCUGCCCUGGACUCGGCGCCCAUCCGCAGGCUGGAGUGGCAGAAGCAGACUUCAGAGGGCCUGGCCGAGUACUGCACACUGAUCGACAGCUCGUCCUCCUUCCGAGCCUACCGGGCCGCCCUCUCGGAGGUGGAACCGCCGUGCAUCCCGUACCUGGGGCUGAUCCUGCAGGACCUGACCUUCGUUCACCUGGGAAACCCAGACUACAUCGACGGGAAAGUGAACUUCUCCAAGCGGUGGCAGCAGUUCAACAUCCUUGACAGCAUGCGGUGCUUCCAGCAGGCGCACUAUGACAUCCGGAGGAACGACGACAUUAUAAACUUCUUCAAUGACUUCAGUGACCACCUGGCUGAGGAGGCCCUAUGGGAACUCUCUCUGAAAAUUAAACCCAGGAACAUAACAAGGAGAAAAACAGACCGGGAAGAGAAGACCUAGGAGCAGACGCCGGGAUCGAGGAGAAUGCUCGAGGGGCGCGGAGGGCAGCUCCCAGACCGGAGAGGACCUUGGACCUGUUAGGCGCAUGGCAGGAGUCCCGGCCUCGGAGCCACGAGGCUGGCCAGGCCUCAGCGGGGCCGGUCGGGAGCUGGAGCCUGCCAGCCGCUUCCUGCCUCCUUCCUCUGUGGGAGCAGACCCAUGGGCCUCAGGGCAGCCAGCAGGCAGGUCUUGUUGCCAAUCUGCAAACCGGUGGUUUUCUGGUUUGGUUUUGUUUUCUGCUUUUACUUGCAUCUCUCCCCUCUUGACCUUCCACCCACUCCCCUCCAGGGAGAGAGCAGCAGAGACCUCAUCAACAGACCAAGGAAGUGGUGGGUGAUCCCCCUCCCUAAGUUCCAAGGUCCCUGAAUCUUCUGAAAUCUCAGAUGAGUGGAGGCCUUCCUGGGUGGGCUGUCCUCCAGGGGCCCUGGAAUGGGGGCAAGCAGCUGGGUGGGCAGAAUGCAGAGUAGACUCGGGGGAAGGUCCUUUCACUUUCCGCUUCUGCUUCUGAUGCAUGGAGGAUGAUGUGAGCUUUUCAGCAGGCCCGGAAAGGUACGCAGGUGACGCCUUAGCAGCCCCGCAGCUGGUGCUCUGCCCUGCGGUACUGGCGCCAUCAGGGCCUCCCUUGCCCGCCUGAGAGCAGCAGCAGUCUCUGUCAUCCCGUUGCCCCUUACCCCCCACCCCAGGCCACUGGGCCCCUCCCACACCACCUGGGGAGCUGAGAAGAGGAGGCUGGAGUAAGGGAGGACUUGAUCAUCCAAGAAAUACUUUUUAUUGCUGGGAGUCUUCUGAACCUCACCAAACUGAGGCCAGAGCUGAGCUCCUGGGGGAGUUAAUUCAGAGGGGAGAGGCCAGCACCUCCCUCCUCCAUUGCUCGCUGUGUGCCUUAAACUCCCAUCUCCUGUCCCUCCCCAUCCCCUGGCUUCCCCUCCUUCCUUGCCCCAUCCUGGGCCGGCCAGUGGGCCUCCUCCUCUGGCUCUUCAGACCUUUCAGCCAGUGCUGUCAGUGCCUCUGGGAGGGAAGGGCAUCCCUGAGGCACCCGAGUGGGCCCUCGGGGUGCAGGGAGGCAGAAGCCUGGCCACAGAGGAGCCUCCUAAGGCAGCAGCUGCAGCAGGCGCGCCCUCUCCCCACUCUCCCCACACCAGAGCGGCUUCCAGAGCAGAUGCUGUUUCCAUCCUCCUCGUCAAAACCGUUCUCGCUGCUGAGCUUGACAAUCUGGGCAAGGCUUGUGGGGCGCUUGGCAAACAGAAUCUGCCCUGUGCCGCCUGGCUCCGUGGCCUCCAGCAUGAGCCUGCAGGCAGGGCGCUGCGGGAACCCAGUCGUGCUGCCCCAGCCCAUGCCUCCGGGUCUGCUGUGCAUGAAUGAGUGCUCACUUGUCCCGGGUUUAGGACGUGGUCAAGUGAACAGCAGGGUCUAACUGUGCUUACUUAGCCCAGUUCAAACAGAACAAAGGAAAAAUAUAGAAAGCAACAUCUGUUGAUCAUUUAGGUUUUUUUUAAAACAGCCAUGUCACUUUGAGUCCUUCGUGGGUUUUUGAACAGCAUUUAUCAGAAGAAAAUGUGGGCUUUUUCCCCGCUCCCGUGUUUUGUUUGUCCUGUAGAUAGAGGGAGGAAAGCCGUGCAGUGGCAGGCGGGACCCCCUCUGGCGGUGGUCCUGCGGGGCCAGCCGGGACCUGUCACUUUAUUAUUUAAGGAGUGUGUGUGUAGAGUCGCUAGCUUAUUAACAGUAUUGUGUGUGGGUUGGGUUUUUAGUUUGUUCCUUCUUUUUGAAGUCCCUUCAUUUCAAUCCUUGCCUCUCUCUCCCCUUCCCUUGCCCAGCUCUGUUGAAUGCUGCUGUGCGCGUGUGAGGGCCGCUCUGCACACAGGGCCCUUGGGUUGUGCGAACUGAAAUUCUCCCUGUGUUUGUGAGACUCGUAGGAGUCCCCCUCUGUAGCAUAGGCAAUGCCAGUGCCAUGCUGCAGCCUCAGAAACCAGGCCUCUCACCCCAGCAGCAGGCGGAACUGUGUCUGUGGUCAGAUGCUGUCCACAGCUCUGUCUGCCAUGUUCUUGGGCUUGAGCCGGAUAGAGGUGGGGUCUCUUCACCUUCCCCGAAUUCAGAACAGACUCUGGGCCUGGCGCCAGUGUGCCCAAGCAACUCCCCAGGCCCUCGUUGGGAGCCCUUGGUGUUCUGAGCAGCAGGGCCCAGGCAGCACAUGAGCAGUGCCCAGGGGUUCCCUGUGUGAGGACAGCAAGGUGCGAUGUAUGUCUAACUUAUUGAUGGCAGGCGUCCCCCUGCACCCCCUGCACCUGGCCCUGGUUAUUGCUGAGCUCUGUGCUCAGUGCUGCGGCCUGGCCGUGGCUCGUCUGUUCCUUUGGGGGGGCCAGGCGGGUUGUGGGAAUCAGUCCUCACAGACAGACAUGAGCCAGGCGGAGGACCCGUUCCUUGCAGAGGUCAGUCCUCACCUGCAGGUGUCAGGGGGGCAAGGAGGGGCAGGCACACACCAUGUCUGACCUGAACCCGAUUCUGGGGAGCAUCUUCCCGCUUCGGCCCCACGACCUCCACAGGGUUACAUUGUAAUAUAUAUGCCCCAGCUAACCUGUCUGAUGGUGGCAUCUUCCUGCAGACAUUUCAAACAUGUAACUUUUAUAUAAAAAAAAAUAAACACAGAUGAAAGCUGCCCAAUGCCA